GUGAAAAGGGAGGGAUGGAUAGUAACAUCCACCUCAGUAGUUUGAUAAGUCGACACGAUGAUGAAGCCACAAGAACAUCUACCUCAGAAGGGCUGGAAGAGGGUGAAGUGGAGGGAGAGACUCUCUUGAUUGUUGAAUCUGAGGAUCAGGCAUCUGUGGACUUAUCUCAUGACCAGAGUGGGGAUUCCCUCAACAGUGAUGAAGGAGAUGUGUCGUGGAUGGAGGAGCAGCUGUCCUACUUCUGUGACAAGUGCCAAAAAUGGAUACCGGCCAGUCAGCUGAGGGAACAGCUCAGUUAUCUUAAGGGUGAUAAUUUUUUUAGGUUUACUUGUUCUGAUUGCUCGGCAGAUGGCAAGGAGCAGUAUGAGAGGCUGAAGCUGACAUGGCAACAAGUUGUCAUGUUGGCAAUGUACAACUUGUCUCUGGAAGGAAGUGGACGGCAAGGUUAUUUCAGGUGGAAAGAAGAUAUUUGCUCUUUUAUUGAGAAACAUUGGACUUUUUUACUAGGGAAUAGGAAAAAGACUUCAACAUGGUGGAGCACAGUAGCAGGUUGCCUCAGUGUGGGAAGUCCUAUGUACUUUCGUUCAGGUGCUCAGGAAUUUGGAGAGCCUGGAUGGUGGAAACUUGUUCAUAACAAGCCCCCAACAAUGAAACCUGAAGGAGAGAAGUUGUCUGCAUCCACUUUGAAAGUAAAAGCAGCCUCAAAACCAGCAUUGGAUCCCAUCAUUACUGUCGAGGGACUUAGAAAACGGGUGAGCCGGAAUCCUGUGGAAUCUGCCAUGGAACUAAAAGAGAAAAGGUCUCGAACUCAGGAAGCCAAAGACAUUAGAAGAGCCCAGAAGGAAGCAGCUGGCUUUCUGGACAGAAGCACAUCUUCUACUCCUGUGAAAUUCAUAAACCGAGGCCGCAGGCCAGACGUGAUUCUUGAGAAAGGAGAAGUAAUUGAUUUCUCAUCCUUGAGCUCUUCUGACCGCACCCCUCUAACAAGCCCAUCUCCUUCUCCCUCUCUGGAUUUCUCUGCCCCGGGGACGCCUGCCUCUCAUUCUGCCACUCCUAGCUUGCUUUCAGAAGCUGAUCUGAUUCCAGAUGUGAUGCCACCGCAAGCCCUGUUUCAUGAUGAUGAUGAACUGGAAGGCGAUGGAGUCAUAGACCCAGGGAUGGAGUAUGUUCCACCCCCAUCUGGGUCAGCAGCUUCUGGGCCAGUGAUUGGAGGCAGAAAGAAGGUCAGAGCACCUGAACAGAUAAAGCAGGAGGUAGAGAGUGAGGAGGAAAAGCCUGACAGGAUGGAUGUUGACAGUGAAGACACGGAUUCAAACACAUCUUUGCAAACAAGGGCUCGAGAAAAGAGGAAGCCUGCACUGGAGAAAGACACAAAACCUAAAGGGCCCAAGUACACUCCUGUGAGCAUCUAUGAGGAAAAACUUCUGCUUAAGAGGCUGGAAGCCUGUCCCAGUGCAGUUGCUAUGACACCAGAAGCUCGGAGACUGAAGCGGAAAUUGAUUGUCAGACAAGCAAAAAGGGAUAGGGGAUUACCACUUUUUGACUUGGAUCAAGUUGUUAAUGCUGCUCUUCUGUUAGUUGAUGGGAUUUAUGGAGCCAAAGAAGGAGGAGUUUCCAGGCUUCCAGCCGGACAAGCCACAUAUCGGACUACCUGUCAGGACUUCAGGAUUCUUGACCGAUACCAGACUGCCUUGCCAUCCAGGAAAGGAUUUCGGCAUCAGACCACCAAGUUUUUGUAUCGUUUGGUGGGAUCAGAAGAUAUGGCUGUGGACCAAAGUAUUGUCAGCCCUUAUACUUCUCGAAUUUUGAAACCCUAUAUCAGGCGUGAUUAUGAGACAAAGCCACCCAAACUACAGCUUCUGUCACAGAUUCGUUCCCACCUGCACAAGAGUGACCCUCAUUGGAUACCUGAACCCGACGCACCUCUCGAUUACUGCUAUGUCCGACCAAAUCACAUCCCAACGAUCAACUCUAUGUGUCAGGAGUUUUUCUGGCCUGGCAUUGACCUGUCUGAGUGCCUGCAGUAUCCAGACUUCAGUGUAGUCGUCCUUUAUAAAAAAGUCAUUAUUGCUUUUGGCUUCAUGGUUCCUGAUGUGAAAUAUAAUGAAGCAUAUAUUUCAUUUCUGUUUGUCCAUCCUGAAUGGAGAAGAGCGGGGAUUGCAACUUUCAUGAUCUAUCAUCUGAUUCAGACCUGCAUGGGCAAGGAUGUAACCCUUCACGUCUCAGCAAGCAACCCCGCUAUGCUGCUCUACCAGAAGUUUGGAUUCAAGACUGAAGAGUAUGUUUUAGAUUUUUAUGAUAAAUAUUACCCGUUGGAGAGUACAGAGUGUAAACAUGCGUUCUUUCUGAGGCUCCGGCGUUGAUGUGAACCAGCUCUUCCCAGAGAAAUGUGUGGGCUAUCAGGGAAUAGGUAUUCACAGAGUCCUGCAGGCAGUUAUUGGUUUCAUAGUGAGCUCAGAUCUCCUCUGCCAUUAGAUGGAUGGUCCUCCACACCUCAACUGGGGAGAACCAAGCAGCAGGCAAUGAAGUGAGUGCUGAACAGCCCUCCAGCAUAGUCACCCUCCAGUCUUUCAUGGAGCGACCUUCAACUGACAUCUUGGAUUCCACCAUUCACUAAAACUGAAUGCUGCUGCUGUCCCUCCCUCCACCUGACAGCUUGUGAGAAUAAAAGAACUUCUAGAUUGAUAUUCUUGGUGAGAGAGAAUCUGUGUGUCCUUAUUGAGAGGACAGGAAACCCAAGAAAGCACUGUGUCCUAGGAUGAGAAAUUAUGGGAUGAUUAUAAAAAGGGGAUCCCACCCUGUUCCCAGCCAGUGAUGUGCUGACAUUAGAUCCAGGAGGACUUCUAGGGCAUUGAAGUUCUUGUCUUUUGCUGACUUUUGUCACUGCCAGGAAAAAUAAACUAAAUGUCUGUGUCUA